CUGUUUCCCAGAGGCGCGAACGAAACCGAAGAGUUCAGCUUCAAAAACAUCAAACCAACAAAAGAUCUGCAAUACCACCCCUGCGGCAGCUUCCAGUGUGCCCGUCUGGAAGUCCCUCUCGACUGGUCGCAGCCCACCAAGAACAGCACGGCAGCCAUUGCCAUCGUCAAGCUCCCGGCCACCGUCCCGGAGGACGACCCGAGCUUCGCCGGCAGCAUUUUCAUCAACCCCGGUGGCCCCAGCGGCUCCGGCACGGGAUUUACGUAUUCGUUCGGCCCGGCUCUGCAGAAGCUUCUGGGUGGCGAACGCAACUAUGAGAUUAUCGGCUUUGACCCUAGGGGUGUGAACAUGAGCACGCCUCAUGCCGAUUGCUACAAGGGCGACUACUUUUCUCGCAAGCUGGACUCAACGCGCGCAGAUGGCAUGAGCCCGAUAGAUGAGGCCCUUGGCUACCACUGGGCGGCUGCUUCGGCCAAGAGCGAGCUCUGCGAGGAAGAUGGAGUCGAUAGCAUUUUCGGCCACAUGAACACGGCGUCAGUUGCUAGAGAUAUGGUCGAAAUGGCGGACAGAAUCGACGAGUUGCGCUGGAAGAACUCCAACAAGACGAAGCCUGCUGAUGCCGAGAAGCCCAGAGUGCAAUACUUUGGUAUUUCUUACGGCUCUUAUCUGGGAAACACCUUCGCUUCCAUGUUCCCUGAGCGUAUUGGAAGGGUUCUCAUCGAUGCCGUUAUUGAUGGCGAGGACUGGGUCACAGGAGCCUUCAAGAACAACAUCAACGAUGCGGAGACCAUUGUUGAUCUUUUCUACGCGACUUGCUUCGAGGCGGGUGAAGACUGCCCUCUGCUGGAGUCAUCUGACACGUCUGCGGCCGACAUCAAGGGUCGCGUCACUGAAUUUCUCGAGGAGCUAGACCUUAACCCCAUUCCGCUCUCACUCAACAACCGCGCCGUGAUCCUGACAUCGCCCAAUGUGCGACAGGCAAUCUUCUCGGCUCUGUACAACCCUUUGACAGACUUUGAGAUCCUUGCAUCGGGUCUGGACGCGCUGCUGAGCGGAAACUACACUGCUUUCAUCCAGAUCCUACCCGCCGACUCGAUCAGUCUUGUUUGCGAUGCUCCCGACAGCCCCGGAGACCCUCUCUACGUCUGGGGCGAGGAUGUUCUGGCCGGCGUUCUCUGCACCGAUAUCGAUGACUCCAUCUUGGACCGCAACAUCUCUUUCUACGAAGACUUGGUGGAAUACCACAAAGAUCAGUCUCCCACUGCUGGGCCGAGCGUAUCAGGGGCUAUCCCGAUAACUUGUGCCAACCGGAAGAUCCGCCCUCCGUACGCCUUUACCGGGCCGUUCACAUCGCCCGCGGCCAACCCUGAUGAUCCCAAGGCUCCUGCGGCGCCGCUGCUGAUCACAUCCAGCCGCUACGACCCCAUCACUCCUCUCAGGAAUGCUCUCACCGUGCAGAAGGGACACACGGGUUCGUCUGUGGUAAUUCAGGAGGGUGCUGGCCAUGGCAUGAUUUCCGGGCCCAGCCAGUGUAUCAUCAAGAUCAUCCGCGAGUUCUUCUACACUGGCAAAGUUCCUGAGAGCGGCACCAUUUGCGAGGCGGAGUGCAUACCCACUAUCCCUGCCGACAAGAAUAACUGCACAGACUAUCUCGAGGCCAGAGAUGGUGAACGCUUCGUCAUGCCGAAGCUGGAUGAGUGGCACUGGUUCUAG